AUUCUACUUAUAAAAUAUUUUUUGCGAUUUGAUGCUCAAAGCCACAUAGGUAUGCAACCAAUUAUGCAUGUUGUUUGAGGUUAUGAAAUUUGAAAUCAUUUCAUCCCGUGUUUGAAAUUCAAAUACUUAUCAAACCAACAUUCAUGUAUCGUUUCAACGUUUCCCUAUAUGAAAGUCCCCCUUCGGGGGAAGAGUCACUUCCCAAUGUAGUCGAAAUGUGCCGUCAAAGGCUCAUCUUAUACAAAACCUUUCAAAAUGAUGAGUCCCAUUUCUUGGACAAACUUAAAACGUUAUUAAACGAGAAAAGCUCCCCGCUUGUUCAUUUAUUAGAAAUCGGGGAUUCCCCCCAAAUUGUUGAUGCUCGCAAAUGUGAUUAUAUUUCACACUGGGCUUUACGAGUAGCUUACAGUCGCACUGAUUACGACACUAGAGCUUUUUUCGUAAAAAAUGAACUCAAUUGGUUCCGAAUUCGCUUUAAUAACUUGUCUAGUAAUAUCCGGGCGGCCCUAAUCACCGAAUCUCGUCUAACAGCAGCCACGGAUCCGGAAAAAACCCAAUUUGGAUUGACCGGAUCUUGGUAUAAAGUUUAUUUCACUGAAGUUUUGGAGUUGCUAAAAUUACAUAUGUAUCCCAUGAGUAAGGGUUAUGUGUUUAUUCCGGACCACAAAGUCGUUUAUUGGUUCAUCCAACAGUUGCAAAAAGAUUUGGGGGAAUCAUUCGAACACUUGAGGAAAAUCCAUCCUGUUUGUUUCGACGAACAUUUACAAGCAAUCAUCUCUAUGUUGGAUCUAGUCAAACCCAUUGAAUACAAUCCUGGUUUUGGUAGUCUUGAACUCGAACAAUUACCAGAAAAAUCAAAAAAAUUCCCCUUGUGUAUGCAAAUUCAAUACGAAACUUUGCAAAAAACACACCAUUUGAAAUAUUUCUCACGAGCUCAGUUUGGGUUUUUUCUUAAAGGUAUUGGUUUGUCGCUGAAAGACGCUCUUGAGUUUUGGAAGAGAGAAUUUGUUAAAAUAAUGGACGAGGAGCGGUUCAGCAAAGAAUACGCCUAUUAUUUCAAACAUCAGUAUGGUGUAAUUGGGGCAAAAAUCAACUAUAAGCCAUUUAAUUGUGAAAAAAUACAAAAUCAAGGAGUUACAAGUGGACAAGUGCACGGUUGUGCUUUCAAACACUGGGACAAGCAAGUUUUAGCAGCGAGACUCCGAAGUGAGAUUUCCGAUGAUGAAAUUGCAUCUAUUUUGAGUUUGAAGGAACAAAAUGAAUACACCAAGGCUUGUAAUAAAUAUUUCAAGUGUGUUCAUAAUUGCAAUUUAGGGGAGACUGUUUUAAACCAUCCAAAUGAAUAUUUUCAAAAAGCUUGCCAAGUUGAUGUGGUGGAUAUUGAGGAUUUGUUCGUCUCAGACACCGAAUAAUUGUUUUAUAAAUUAAAUUUGUUUUAUUAUU